AUGGGGGCCCUGAGGGCGCCCACCCCUGGCUCGCCUUCUGGCUGCUCCGCCCAGGCCUGGCCCCAACCUCCCCCCACCCCCCGGAGGCCACGCCCCUCAGGCCGGGCAGCUGAUUGGGGGUCAGGGGCCGCCCCCAGCCCGGGCGUGGAGACCCGGGGUCCCCUGGAGGAGGGGGCGCCCGGGCCCCAGUGCCCGCCGGCCCCGCCCCUGCCGGGCCCCUCGUUAUUCACCGUCUGGGCAGCACCCAAGAGCCGGGAGGCACAGCCGUCUCGGCUCCCAGGGUCCCCCAGGCCUCCCUCCAAGGCGGUUAACCCCCUGCCGUCGGGCCUGCACCCGGUGGGGUUGCUUGAUCCAGGGGCCUUUUUGAGGGCCCUGCCCCGGGUGCAGGACCCCAGGGAUGUUAGGGCAGUGUCCUCCUACGCCCAGUGCCCCCAUCCCUUCCUCCAGGAAGCCUUCAAGGUCCCUUCUGGGGUCCCCCAGUCCGAGGAGUUGGGGCUGGGGCAGAAGGCGGGGGGCCCCUGCCUCGUGAUAGCUGGGGAGAUCUAUGCCCAGAAGUCAGGGGAUGGUCCCCACCCCUCUUGGGGUUGA